ACACCCAGCUCCAAUUACUCACACCUUCCACUCCAAAUAACUAGCAGCAAAGCUAACUCUCUCUAGAAAAAAAUGGCUCCUGGUGGUGUGUCCGUGGAGGAAAUCCGAAAGGCCCAGCGGGCACAGGGCCCAGCGACGGUGUUGGCCAUCGGGACAGCGACUCCUGCUAACUGCGUUAACCAGGCCGAAUAUCCCGAUUACUACUUUCGGAUUACCAACAGCGAGCACAAGACUGAACUGAAGGAGAAAUUCAAGCGCAUGUGCGAGAAAUCAAUGAUCAAGAAACGCUACAUGUACUUAACCGAAGAAAUCCUGAAGGAAAACCCGAGUGUGUGCGAGUACAUGGCCCCGUCGCUGGACGCUCGCCAAGACAUGGUUGUGGUUGAGGUCCCGAAACUGGGCAAGGAAGCUGCGACCAAAGCCAUUAAAGAAUGGGGCCAACCCAAAUCCAAGAUCACCCACCUUGUUUUCUGCACCACUUCGGGUGUCGACAUGCCCGGUGCCGAUUACCAGCUCACCAAGCUCCUCGGCCUCCGUCCCUCCGUCAAGCGCCUCAUGAUGUACCAACAGGGCUGCUUCGCCGGCGGCACGGUCCUCCGCCUCGCCAAAGAUCUCGCCGAGAACAACGCCGGCUCCCGCGUCCUCGUCGUCUGCUCAGAAAUCACCGCCGUCACCUUCCGCGGCCCCUCCGACACGCACCUCGACUCCCUCGUCGGCCAAGCCCUCUUCGGCGACGGCGCAGCCGCCGUCAUCGUCGGCUCCGACCCCUUACCGGUCGAGCGCCCGCUCUUCCAACUCGUCUCCGCGGCCCAGACCAUCCUGCCUGACUCCGACGGGGCCAUCGACGGCCACCUCCGCGAGGUGGGGCUCACAUUCCACCUCCUCAAGGACGUGCCCGGCUUGAUAUCGAAAAACAUCGAGAAGUCUCUGGUGGAAGCCUUCACUCCGAUCGGCAUCAGCGACUGGAACUCGUUGUUCUGGAUCGCGCACCCGGGCGGCCCCGCGAUCCUGGACCAGGUCGAGCUGAAACUCGGGUUGAAGGAGGAGAAACUCGGGGCGACCCGGCACGUGCUGAGCGAGUACGGCAACAUGUCGAGCGCGUGCGUGCUGUUCAUUUUGGACGAGAUGAGGAGGAAGUCGGUGGAGGAAGGGAGAGGGACGACGGUGGAGUGGGGCGUUCUUUUCGGGUUCGGGCCGGGUUUGACGGUGGAGACGGUUGUGCUCCAUAGUGUUCCGGCACAAGGCGUUGCGGCUCACUGAGUUGAUACUGGAAAUGGCAGCAGAGAGAGAGAGAGAGAGCGGUGAGGGUGAAAGUUAUGUGUGAUUUUGUGAAAGGUUACUACAGUUUUUUUUUUUUCUUUUGUUUGUAUGAUCCGCGAUUACUAGUUAUUAACCACCAAUAAAACACUGUCACGUUCUCAUGUUAUGCA